AUGGCUCGCCAAGAUGUCGCCCCCGUUAGGGCUCUCGUAUGGCUCCUGGCACUUGCAGCGCUCGGCAAGGCAGCCGCGCUGUUCGACCAGGAGUGGCCUUCCGAUCCGGCGAUGUACCCGCCGGGGAGAGUCAUCGCCGUCGACCUCGGCAACACCAACUCCUGCGUCGCCGGCUACGGGAGCGGCCAAACCCAGACCAUGUUCCAGCUCUGCAUCCCAUCCUGGGUCGCCUUUGCCGACGACGGCGCCGUCCUCGUCGGCGAGGAUGCCAGGAACCACGCCGCCGUCAACCCCCAAGCCACUGUCUCCGGCUUCAAGCGCCUCCUCGGCAAAAGAUUGACACGCGUUUUUGAGCGGGAGUUCGCUCAGCGAGUCAAGGAGAAUCUGUCGUACAAGGUUGAUGUGGAGAAGGACGUGUGGCCUCACAUCCAGGUGACGACCUCGGACGGCGCGGUCAGGCUCUUGGGCCUCGAGAAGCUCACGGCCAUGGUGGUCGCCAAGCUCAAGGAGACGGCGGAGGCGUACCUCGGCCACCGGGUCAACGCCGCCAUCUUCACUCUCCCGCUGGAGUUCAGCAACGAAGUCCAGGGACGCCGCGUUCUUCGCCGGCCGGGAGGUUUGCCGGCUUCGAGGCCAUGA